CUGCCCCAGCCAGACAUGCACACGUUGUGACUCAGACCACGGCACACAAUGGGAUCUAUUUCUGUAACAGCACUAGGGUUAUCACUCCACUUACACCAACUCUCCCGCUCUCUCUCCCUCCCUCUCUUUAUCUAACACUCAUUCACACAAAAUCAUGGCCGACAGAAACAGCCGGUUAAGUGUUAAGAAGAAAGAGAAGAAGGUGGAAAACAAAACGAAUGAUGAGAAGGAUAAAGACAAGGAAAAGGGGAAGGAGAAACUUGUGAAAAAGCCUGACAAGCUCACAACUCAGAGGAGCAAACCAGAGAAGACCCCCGAGAAGCCCAAGGCGGAUGAAGAGAAGAAGAAUGGGGAAGGUGAAGGGGCAACAGCGGCGGAGGCGCAGAACAGUGAAGAAAAUGGAGAGUUUCAACCCAUUGAACUGCCACCGUUCGAGAUCGUCACAGGGGAACAGAUGAGCCCGUUCUACUUCAAGUUUCAGUUCAGGAAUGUGGAAUACUCAUCAGGGAGGAACAAGACCCUACUGUGCUACAGAGUGGAUACAGCAGGAGGCAGCACAGAGCCUCUGAAAGGUUAUAUGGAGGAUGAACAUGCCACAGCUCACGUCGAAGAGGCCUUCUUUCAACAGGUGCUUCCUAACUGCAAUUCUUCUCAGGAGUUUGAUGUCACAUGGUACGUAUCAUCCAGUCCCUGCGUGGCUUGUGCAGACAAGCUGGCCAAGAUCCUGCAAAAGAAUAAAAAGCUCCAUCUCUGCAUAUUCUGCUCUCGUCUCUUUGAGUGGGAGCAGCCAGAGAUAGUACAAGGGCUGAAGGCCCUGGUGAGUGCCGGCUGUAAAAUGAGGAUGAUGAAGCCGCGUGACUUCCUGCUUGUUUGGGAGACGUAUGUGGAGAAGGAGGAGGAUGAGACCUUUACACCCUGGGAGGAUUGUCAGGAGAACUAUGACUACUAUAUGGAGAAACUGGCUGAUAUCCUCAAGUAGAUGUCCACUUGAUGGACGAGAUCUCCCCACUGACUGAACCACAAAUCGGCCUACUUGUGAAAUUCCCACUGGUUGAAAAUGUGUUUCUUGCAGUCACAUGUGAUGGUGCAGAUCAGUAUUAGUUUGAAUGAACACUCGUGGCAACAUUUUGUAUUUUUUAUUUUGAUAAUUUCAUAGGCAGACACAAAUGCGCGAAUGGCAUUUCUAUAGCAUUACUUAUUGUAAAAAAAUAUACUAUAUCGAACUGGUCACUUUAGAAUAACAAAGUAAUAACAUUCAUUGCAGAACCAUUUACAGCGUUUCAGGUUUUGGAGAAGCCUGACAUCUUAUAUCUACUGACAUCUGGUGUUUGUUCUAAGAAUUGAAACACUAACUGAAGGAGAAAGUCAUACAGAUUAUCACAUAUGUACAGUAUAAUAACUAACAUUGAUUUAUAUGAAAGCUGACAUUGUAUAUGAUAGAUUGUGCUAACAUAAAUAAUGUUUCAUAUUUUAUCAGUGCCUUAAGUAAAUUCAUCAGUGCUGUGGAUUAAAAAAUGUACAAUUUCAAACAAUAUUGUGCAACCAAGUAAUGUUUUAUACAGAAUAACAGUACAUAGUUGUAUGGUCCAGCAUUUUGGUCUGGAGAAUAAUAUUUCAACAACUAUUUGAUAGAUUCCAAAGAAAUUUGUCAUUGUUAAUUACAGUAAAUUUAGUGAUUAUUUGAUUUUACAUAUAGCCCCACCAAUGGUGCAAAAUUUCCAUCUGUCCACACAAGUCAUGACAUGAUACAUCUAAAACUAUUGACAUUUAAAACUCAUGACUGAAUUCUAAUCAGCAUCAGCUUUACUUUAACACUAAUGCAAACAUGGCAACAGAUUUAUAUUUUCUGUCCCACUAGUUGUAAGCAUUGCGCAAUUGUUUCUCCAGUUUUCAUACAUACAAAAAUUCAGUUUUCUGAUGCGAAAUGACUAUUAAGGCCUCGCAGGGCUGUUGCAAGUCUAAAGCCUUCUUAAUAGUUGCCUGCUAAAAU